GCGCAUGCUCCGUACGCCAUACGAACUUGAAACAGUGAAAUCGAUGAAGCAUUUUUAACAGUUAAAGAUGACUACUUCGUGGAGCGACCGUCUGCAGAACUAUGCCGAUCUACCAGCCAACAUAGAUGGUGUAGCCAUGAAGAAGUAUCGCCGUGAAGCUCACCACAGAGUGUUUGUUAAUCGAAGCCUGGCCAUGGAGAAGAUCAAGUGUUUUGGUUUUGAUAUGGAUUACACUCUUGCAGUGUAUAAAUCUCCUGAGUAUGAGUCCCUGGGCUUUGACUUGACAGUGGAGCGCCUGGUAUCCAUUGGAUAUCCACAGGAAUUGCUCAACUUUGUCUAUGACCCCUCCUUCCCCACCAGAGGUCUGGUGUUUGACACAAUGUAUGGCAACCUGCUCAAAGUUGAUGCCUAUGGGAACAUCCUGGUGUGUGUGCAUGGGUUCAACUUCUUGAAGGGACCUGACAUCAGAGAAAUGUACCCCAACAAAUUUAUCCAGCGUGGAGACACAGACCGCUUCUACAUCCUCAACACACUCUUUAACCUACCCGAAACCUAUCUCUUUGCCUGCCUGGUUGAUUUCUUCAGUAACUGCUCCAGAUACUCCAGUUGUGAGACUGGAUUCAAAGAUGGUGACCUUUUCAUGUCCUACAAGAGCAUGUUCCAGGAUGUCAGAGACGCUGUGGACUGGGUUCAUUUCAAGGGUUCCUUAAAAGAAAAAACUGUUGAAAACCUGGAAAAGUAUGUGGUAAAGGAUCCGAAGCUCCCUCUGCUCCUCAGUCGUAUGAACGAAGUAGCCAAAGUAUUUUUGGCCACCAACAGCGAUUAUAAAUACACACAGAAAAUUAUGACCUACCUGUUUGACUUUCCUCAUGGUCCAAAGCCAGGUACGCCCCACCGACCCUGGCAGUCCUACUUUGACCUGAUCCUGGUAGAUGCCCGUAAGCCUGUGUUCUUUGGAGAAGGAACUGUGCUGCGACAAGUUGACACUACCACGGGACGGCUAAAGAUCGGCACAUACACUGGACCUCUUCAGCAUGGUAUUGUUUACUCUGGAGGUUCUUCAGACAUCGUCUGUGACCUGCUGGGUGCAAAAGGGAAGGACAUCGUCUACAUUGGAGACCACAUUUUUGGUGACAUUCUCAAAUCUAAGAAGCGUCAAGGCUGGAGGACUUUCCUGGUCAUACCUGAGCUGGCCCAGGAGCUGCACGUAUGGACUGACAAGAGCUCUUUAUUUUCAGAACUUCAGUCAUUGGACUGCUUCCUCGCAGAGCUUUACAAGCAUAUGGACAGCAGCAGCAAUGAGAGGCCUGAUAUCAGCUCACUGCAGAGACGCAUUAAGAAAGUGACCCAUGACAUGGAUAUGUGUUACGGCAUGAUGGGAAGUCUGUUUCGUAGUGGAUCCCGACAGACGCUCUUUGCCUCCCAAGUGAUGCGCUAUGCUGACCUGUACGCCGCCUCUUUCAUCAACCUGCUCUACUACCCCUUCAGCUAUCUGUUCAGAGCUGCACAUGUACUGAUGCCUCAUGAAUCCACAGUGGAGCAUACGCACAUCAACAUCAUCGACAUCGAAUCACCGCUGGCCACACGGAACCGCCACGAUGCUGAAUUUAAAGAAAUGGAGUGCAAGCGGCACCAGCUCACCCGAUCCAUCAGCGAGAUCCAGCCCCCGCAUUUCUUCCCUCAGGCUCCACAGGAGAUUACCCACUGCCAUGAUGAGGAUGAUGAUGAGGAAGAGGAAGAAGAGUAGGAGGAUUCUAGUAGAUCCUCUCUGAAUUUUUAAAGGUUUUUUGAUUAAUAGCUGCAGUAAGUGAGUUGACUCUCAGCAUUUAGUAAAAUGGUUACAUCUGCACUCUGCUUUUACUUGCUUUUGUACGUGGUACGCUCUACUGAGCGCUUCAGUGAUGUUGCUUCAGCAGCUCCCCCGGCUGCCUGAUAGAUCCAGCCUGUGACAUUUUGCUGGCUAGAAGCCUGUCUUCACUCUCAUCAAAAUACAACAGAAAUUAAUGGAUUUCCUUGAAAAUUUGAUUCAAGAAACAUAAAUAACACAGGCUGUGGGCUAUAAAUUGCUCAUACUAUCCAGUCAUAUGUGAAGUGCUAAUGUCGGUAUGUGACCCACCUGCCACUGGGACACAAACUUCAAUACAAGAGCAGUAAAUUUAGGUCAGAGUAAUGAGCAAUAUCACAAACUAAACACCUCCUAUUACCAGCUUUAAUUUACCGUCUAUAUAAAUAAAUACGUUUCUAUAAAUAUGUAACUAUGCAUACAGUUCCAACUGAAUUUCUGUUAUUACUGCAUGACCUGGUGGGCCGCGGCCCACACUUUGGGAACUCCUGGAGUAGAUGAACACACUCCCCUAAAACUCCAUGAGCCUCAUUGGUCUCAUACGUCACAUUCUGGGGACCGUGCUGCUUUUCUUCCUCCAGACGAUCCUGGUCGAGUGUACACGUGUGAUGACACGUUUCUCCACAUCUUCAUUAGAAGAAAAACCUUUUCAGUUCUCCGAAGUAAAACACAGGAAGUGUGAGAUGCAUGUUACUUGAUUUUCAAAAGAGCAGGACGCUGCAGAGACUGAAAAGCCUUUCAUCACUUAUCUGUUUUUCAUUUGUGCUUUAAGAGUUUUUAAAAACUGUAGGAACUGAAUAACGUGUUUAUAUAUGUGUUUAAAUAAAUGUGUUUGGAUUUCUGUUUGAAGAAAAUUGAA